AUGAGAGAGAUGUCCGUCCUAUCCCUCCCCGGCGUCGGCGAUGACCCCAUUGUCCCCUUUGUCCUUGCCGCCUUUGCAGCUCUGAUAUACUAUAACGCCGCCGAGCUUCUGAUCCUGUGUCUGGCCACGUUCAAGCAUCGCGGGAGUCUAUACUUUUGGUGUCUUCUCGUUGCAUCGAUCAGUCUGAUUCCGCACGGCUCGGGUUUCGUUUUGCUCUUCUUCCGCCCCGAGGUCUCGCACUAUGUCUCCGUGUGCCUCAUCCUCAUCGGCUGGUGUGCUACAGUCACAGGGCAUUCGCUCGUCUUGUGGUCCCGCCUGCACCUUGUCCUCCAGAAUCCUCGAGUCCUCCGGAAUCUGCUCGUUAUGAUCAUUGUCAACGCCGUGCUGUUGCACAUCCCACAAUCCGUCCUCCUCUUCGGCUCCGUCUCCGAAAACCCCAAUACCUUCGCAACCGGCUACAACAUAAUGGAACGCAUCCAGCUGAUCGGUUUCUGCAUCCAGGAGACCAUCCUCUCGGGGAUCUACGUCUGGGAAGUAGCCAAGCUGCUCCGAUUGCGGUCCGAACGUCGAAACCGCCGCAUCCUCGCGCAGCUCCUGGUCAUCAACAUUGUCGUCCUGAUCAUCGACUUUGUCGUGGUUAUCAUUGAAUAUGCGGGGUUCUAUGCUGUGCAGGUUAUGUUCAAGCCGGUCGCGUAUAGCAUCAAGCUAAAGUUGGAGUAUGUGGUGCUACAGCGGCUGGUGAUGAUUGCAAAGGGCGGGCCGGUGGCCGAUAACCGCUAUGGGUGUGCGUUUGAUGCGGUGCCCUCGACAGAAGAGCUUGACCGUUCGGGCUCACGGGCCAGGACUUGUUGUCUGUUGGAGAUGCAAGAGGGAGAGGUGAGGGGGUCGAAGCCUUCUUGA